UGCUGCUCGCAUCUGAGUCUACUGCAGCUUCUUCAAUGUGAAUAUUCUCAAUUUGUCGAUUGUCUAACUUUUCGUUGGACGACAGUUGAUUAUAAUUCUUCCUCAGCGGUCGGGAUUCUGCAACAAAACAGGCGCUGAAAAUCAUGGAUCCCAGUUCGCUAAAAAUUGCCGUCUUGGGCGCUGGCGUGGUGGGCAUGACAGUGGCUAGGCUGAUUCAGGAUGAACUCAGACUUUCAAAAGUCACCGUCGUUGCUGAUACUUUUAAAGAUGAUACACUCAGUGCCAUAGCAGCCGGCAUCUUCCGUCCGGGCACCAGCUUCCGAGGCCCGAACAAAGAGACUACACAAAAAUGGAUCGACGAUUCGUGGCAUUAUUUUCAGAAUAUUUUAAACACAUCUGAAGCAGCGAACGCCGGCAUUAUGCCGAUGUCAUCAUAUAUAUUCUCAAAGAAUAACUAUCACGUGACAAGAAACCAUCUAAUUGAACAUUUGGUACCUAUAUACCGACCGGUUGAUGACAAUGAACUAAAUAUAUGUGGCGAAGGUUGGAAGUAUGGUUCAUACUUCUCAACAAUAAAAACAGAAUGCAGUGCGCACUUACCAUGGCUGGAACGGAUAAUACUUGAGAAAGGCGGUAAAAUAAUAAAAGGUAAAAUCGAUAACUUUGCAUCAUUAUCGCAUUUUGACCUAGUUUUCAACUGCACAGGGUUAGGCGCUAAAUAUUUGUGCAAAGACAACGAUUUGGUUCCGCUGCGUGGUCAAGUGAUAAAGGUCAAGGCACCGUGGUUAAAAUCAGCAUUUUAUGAGGAUUAUGACUCUUAUAUCAUUCCUGGUUUUAAUGGAAUCGCUACACUCGGUGGGACGCGGCAAUACGACAGUUACAAUAUUGAUGUUUGCAAGUACGACGCGGCGGGUAUCAUGGACAGGUGCUGCGAACUAGUGCCGGGACUGCGCACGGCCGAGGUGCUGACGCACCGCGUGGGGCUGCGGCCGCACCGCAUGCCGGUGCGCGUGGAGCCCGAGACUGUGGACGGUGUGAAGAUAGUUCACUGCUACGGUCACGGUGGCUACGGUGUAAUGACGGCACCUGGCACGGCUAUGCACGCGGUCCGAAUUGGGCUCGACUCACUUAGGAGCGGCAGCUUUAGAAAUCAGCUUUAACUAGU